AGGCGUUGAGAUCUCGCGGGAUCUUCCCAUCAGUUUUCCGAAGCCAUGGCCCGGCCCGUGUGGCUGCUGCUCCUGGCGGUGGCCACGCUAGCGAAGACGCCAGGACAAGCCUCGGACGGCUUCGGCGCUGUGGAGGAUGGGCGCUUUCGACAGAUGCAAGACGAUGAGGAAGCCGCGGCCGAGGGAGCGGCGGAAGGCGAGGGUGCAGAGGGCGAGGGCGCAAAAGGCGAAGAGGGCGAAGGUGAGGAAGGUGGAGAGGAGGAAGAGGAGGAGCACCACCUGACCCAGGCUGACAGCGAGGUGGCCUACAUGCUCUUGGGCGCGGUCAUCCUGGUGGUGUCGCUCUUUUACUUGGUCAACUGGAACGACGAUGACAUCCGCUAUUAUGCCAUGAACAUCAUUAGCAUGACCAUGUCCAUCUUCUCAGCUGUGCUGAUGUACCAGGGCAUCAACGACCAAAUUGGGCGAUUCAGCGCCAAUUUGACCCUCUACCACAGGAUUCUCAUCCAAUUCGCCCAGUGCUGCUUCUACGUCCUUGUCAUGCAGGUGUUGAUCGGAUCCAUCUCCGGCAUCUUCUUCGUGGAGCUGAUGUGGGGCUCGAAGGAGCCCGACUUCGACCGAGAGGACUGGCUCAUCGCCGACGGGCUCAGGGCGGACUACUGCAAUGCCCUGACCGACGAAGAGGUGAAGCACAUCCGAAACCCGGCAGCCAUGAAGAGCGUCUGGAUCGACACGUAUGGCGUGGAGGUCCCCGUUUCAAAGACCAAGGACGACCUGCAGCUUGCGAAGAGACGCAUGAGGUGCUGGGCGAUGCUCUUGGCCCACAUGUCCGGAUUCGCCGCCAUCAACUCCGGGGCCCAGCUGCAGGAGCUCGAGGUCUUCCGCACAAACGCAUUCAUGGCCAUUACGCCGGCUUUCGUGAACCAGGCGCUUCUGCAGCUCCUCUUCCUGAGCUUCGCGAAGCUCCGGACCAAGCCCAUGACCGACGCCAUGACGAAGCACAAGGAUUCUGGCGGCGCCCGGAAGGUGGUGCUGUGCCACGAGACGGUCAUCGAAGCCGAAAAUGACGUGUCUUCGCUGUCCAUGUCUUACUUGCUGGUCCAGGGCCUUCGCUUCGCAGUGAGCGGUGUCAUGCCCAAUGCCGAGGGCAUGGAGGAGCCGCCGGUGAUACACUCUUGGAGCGUUAUCGGUAUCUUCUUCGCCUGCUCCAUAGUGGCCGCGAUCGCCUCCAUUGUCAUCGCGCUGAAGUGCGGUGGUGGAGAGGAGGAAGAGGAUCCGGCAGAGGUCAAGGAGAUUGAGCAGAUCCCGGAGGUGUCGUUCGGCGUGCGCAUGGCGCAAGUGCUGAGCAACUCUCUCGCCAUGGUCUUCGCCUGGAUCCUCUUCUUCGGCUCCAGGUGGAUCUCUCUCAAGCUGGACAUCUUCGACAACGAGAGCAUGAUUGGGCAAGUGAUCUUGGCUCUGAUCCUGUCCUUCUUUUGCGGCAUUGCAGUCUUCAUGCUGGACCGCGUGGACGACUACCAGAAGGAGAACCAUGGAUCAGCAGAGGAAGCAGCAAAGGCCAUCCGCAUCAUCAUCCAGGCGAUCGCCAUUCUCAUCGGCUUCUCCUGGGAGCACUCCUUUGAGGAGGGCGUGGCCGCGGUGGCCAGCACCGCCAACCACAAGAGGCUGUGCAAGUUCUUCCUGGGCUGCUUCGUGUGCUUCUUCCUGGUGCCCGCCUGGCGCAGGCACAUCCUGAUGAAGGUGCUGGCCUAUGAGGACAUGAAGAAGAAGCGGGCCAUGGCGACCAAGGCCAAUGUGAGGAGGUCGUUGAUCCUCCGGAAGCAGCUUACCAAGUACACGGAGCUGCCAACCGAGGAGGUCCAAGAAAAGACCAGCGCGACAGUGACAGACGACGUGGAGAUGGCGCCCCUCAUGGAGGGUCACAUCCUCUCGGUUAAGAAAGGCGACAAGGUGACGAUCAAGCCGUUCGGCAAGACGGACUGGGUCUGGGCCGAAGUCGGCGGCAAGGAAGGCCUUCUUCCCAGUGCACGCCUGUCAACGUCAGGAGCAGCUGCAGAGGACCCAGCCCGGUUGACAGCUCAGGGCUGAAGCAAGAGUGAGCUGCGAAGUUUCGGCCUGGCCCUGGGCCAAAUCUUCAUCCGCGAAGUUUCACCGCACGGGUUCCGCGUUCCGGAUGCCCACGGGGGUUUUCCUUCGGGUACCCGGGGUAGCCAACGACGGACGCCUGAUCACAGGUCUCUACUCUCCAAUGUGAGACGCAGAGACCAGACGGUCCCCACGAACAGUCCUUGGUAUAACGUGUGCGGCGCUGCAUACAUCUG